CUGCAUCACGUACCUUUGGUAGCCAUAUAAUCCAUCAAUCGAAGAUGCCCAAUAAAAGGAUCGAGAGAUCCAUUAAUAAUGAUCGAUCCACAGAGAGGGAUGUGACUGAGAAAACGUAGAACUGGGAGUGAAUGUUGACGUUGAACGUGUUGAGCUACUGAGGUAGGGAGAAUCGCAAUGUCUGCGUUGGAUUUUUGGUUCAGGGCUCUGGAUACAAGAAAGCAAAAGCCUGGGGACAGAAACACGUGCGAGCAUGCGGGAGGGGUAGAGAUAUACAACACAUUAACCUGGUUCAGGAAAGCUGGUAACGACACCUAUAAGGCUAACGUCCCUCCCAGUACGUGCUUUCAUUUUAUUUUUGAUGGUCUGGACGGCGUCGUGACUAUCUCAUUCUCCUGCUGGCGUCUAAUCGGGAGUCAAGAUCGCCCCCACAAGAGCCGCCCCAUCCCCGAGCCAGUGGAAUACCGUGGGCGUCAACCACUUUAUCCACCACGAGGCAAGCAUAAUAUAAACGAGCAAUGGCCCUUCCAAUGCCCGAAUUGGCGCCCGUUACAAUGGCUUGCCCUCCAACUUCCGAGCAGGUUUAUAUGCCUUCCUAUCACAUGUAAUAUCAAUUAAAGGCUCGGGAUCGAGGACAUGCUGCCGGCCUGGGAGAGUGGACUGAGAUUGGAGCGGCGGGACGUAGCCUUUCUGGUAUCGAGGGAGGU